GUACAAAUACGAGCCCGCCCCGAGAUCCAUCCAAUCCACUCUUCCCAAAAAUGCGCAAAUUGCGACCUCCAAUGGCCUCAUCCACCACACCGUAGCAGAUCGCCGCCACGGCGACGAUGACGUCUCCGUUGACAGCCCGCGGUGGAAUCGUGGAUGCUCCGGCGGCGAACCGCGGCGGGAUCAGGGGACUGCAGAAGCUCACCAAGCUGUUGCUGAAUGUGAAUGUUCAGAACGGUCUAGGGCCGAUUAGGGUGGUGCUCUCGCCGGGAAACACCGUCGGAGAUUUAAUCAAGGAGGCGGUUGAGUUGUACGCUAAGGAGAAGCGGCGGCCGUUGUUGUCUAGCCCUAACCCUGCCUGCUAUGAGCUUCAUUAUUCUCAAUUUAAUCUCCAGAGGUUAAGAGAAGAAGAAAAGUUAAUGAACUUGGAGUCUAGAAACUUCUUUUUAUGUCCAAAAUUGAAUGAUGGAGUGCAGAGGAGAUAAUCACAUCCAUUGGUGCAGUGCAAGGACCCAAAGGCAAAUAGUAAAUUCAUAAUUGAAAAAAAAAAAAAGUUGAACCCAAAGAGGGAAAUGAAGUUGUAAUGGUGGAAAGGAAACUUUAUCUAGAACAGGGCCGUUCUCCCGAGUUUACCCUUUUGGCACCCACCUCUCAACCAUGUGAAAUGCGCCCUUCAGCAUUAUUGUAUUCCCUUUGUGACCAUACCCCUCCGUCCCUACAUAUUCACAACAUUUGCUUUUUCAGCAGUGUCGGGAGUUUUUGUUUAUUUUGACGUUUUCAUUGAUUAUUUGAUAAAAUAAAAUAUUCUUUGCACC